CGUCACUUCCUGAUCGUGCCUCUGACGUGUCUAAAACAGUUUUUCACCGGUGGUGGGUGACGCUCGUGGGGGAAUUUAUUAUCAUUUGAUAUUAUCCGGUACGUGGGGACAAGAUGCUAGAUUUCUUCACCAUCUUCAGCAAAGGGGGGAUAGUGUUGUGGUGUUUUCAGGGAGCCGGUGUCACUGAAUCCUUCGCGGGGCCGGUCAACGCUCUGAUCCGCUCCGUGAUCCUUCAGGAGCGAAGUGGGAACAAUUCGUUUACUCAUGAGGCCCUGAGUCUUAAAUACAAGCUCGACAAUGAGUUUGAGUUGAUUUUUGUGGUGGGUUUUCAAAAGAUCCUGACGCUGACAUAUGUGGACAAGUUUAUAGAUGACGUUCAGCUUCACUUUAGGGAUCGUUAUAAGAAUGAGCUGGAGCAGAAGGGAGCUUUAAAGCUUCUCAACAACAGCUUUGAAUUUGAGGAUGACUUCAAGAGACUUCUGAGAGAGGCGGAGGAGAGCUGUAAAGUUCGAAGCCCCCCCAUCAUGCGGUCCUUUAAGGAGUCUGAGAAAUCCCAAAAAACUGUGAAGUCAAUGAUUGAGACAAAGGGUGGGGACAAAGGCAAGGAACAGGGUGGCAAGAAGAAUAAAAAUGCCAAAAAGGAGGCUCCUGCAGCUGAGCCUGCCAAAGGGGAUCAAGGCAAGACCUCAUCCUCUGGCCAGAAGAUGGUGGAGAAUGGUAACCAGAACUUGAGUGCCGAGGAGAUUAUGCGAAAGAACAGGGAGGAAUUCUUCCGCAAGCGCAUGGCAGGACCUUCUGAAAAAUCCAGUAAGUCUCCAAAGCCUCAGAAGCCAAAGGGGAAACAAAAUCGCAUUUGGAACAUGGGAGGCAACAGCACCAAGGAGCUGGACUACAGCGACAAGAAUGGAAAUGGUUCUCCAAAUGGUGGUGAACAGAACCCGGAAGCACAAUUUGACCCGGAAAUGCAGCCAACCUCCAUGAAGGGAGAUUUGCUGUCUGUGGAGUAUGAGUCCAGUGAUGAAGAGGAGAUGGAGGAAGAAGAUGAGGAAGUGGUUGUCAGAGAAACAAGCAAGCCAAGCACCAAAAAGGGUAGAGGUUUGUUUGGGAUGCUGAAGGGCCUGGUGGGCUCCAAGAGCCUGACCCGGGAUGAUAUGGAGCCAGUGCUGGAGAAGAUGAGGGACCACCUCAUCACAAAGAAUGUAGCAGCCGACAUUGCCUCCCAGCUGUGUGACUCUGUAGCCAAAAAACUGGAGGGCAAAGUCAUGGGCACAUUCACCACUGUGGCCUCAACAGUAAAGCAGGCCCUGCAAGACUCACUGGUGCAGAUCCUGCAACCCAAGCGAAGGGUGGAUAUUCUGAGAGAUGUCAUGGAAGCACAAAGCCAACGAAGGCCCUUUGUCAUCACAUUUUGUGGCGUCAAUGGGGUGGGAAAGUCUACCAACCUGGCAAAGAUCUCCUUCUGGCUGAUAGAGAAUGGUUUCACUGUGCUGAUUGCAGCCUGUGACACAUUUCGUGCUGGGGCUGUGGAGCAGCUCCGUACUCAUCAGCGCCGCUUGAACUCUCUGCAUCCCGCAGAGAAGCACGGUGGGCGUCCUGUAGUCCAGCUCUAUGAGAAGGGUUACGGGAAGGAUGCAGCUGGAAUUGCUAUGGAGGCCAUUGCCUAUGCCCGCAACCAGGCCUUUGACGUGGUGCUGGUGGACACUGCUGGGCGUAUGCAGGACAACGCGCCCCUAAUGACAGCGCUGGCCAAGCUUAUAGCAGUCAACAUGCCCGACCUAGUGCUGUUUGUUGGGGAGGCUCUGGUGGGCAACGAGGCGGUUGACCAGCUGGUGAAGUUCAAUCAGGCUCUGGCUGACCACUCCAUGUCUGACAAGCCUCGUCUCAUUGAUGGAAUUGUUCUCACCAAGUUUGACACCAUUGAUGAUAAGGUUGGUGCUGCCAUCUCCAUGACUUACAUCACAGGCCAGCCCAUUGUGUUUGUGGGCACCGGGCAGACCUACAAUGACCUGCGCAGCCUCAACGCCCGAGCCGUGGUCAGUGCCCUGAUGAAGGCUUAAGUGGCCGCAUGUUCUUCUGGUUAUUCAUCAUUGCAAGGAAGGCUUUGCCACACCGCCAACAAGAUGCUCCAGCCCCGCUAAGCCCAUGUUUCCAUGCUGCUGUCCUGCGCCCUCUACUUUUUUGCAUCAAAUGAAUGAACUAAAUGUCACACACAGGAUGUUAUUCUUCCAGUAAAGGACAAGUGCGCACUUGAAAAGACAGAACGUGUCGAAGCCAGAGGAGCCUCCCUUUUCAUUGUUUUUAAACUUUUGGGCCAAAUUAGAAAGUACCUCAGAUCAGCUUGAUUUCUGAAACGGUGAAGUCUCAUUCAAAUGACAGAUUAGAUGACCGGACCCAAGCUGUGUCAUCAGUUUACUGGUUUAUGCAGUAAAGAGUUAAUAACAACUUCCCUAACUGACAUUUGUCAGUCUUUUUUUUUUGUUCUUUUUUUCCUUCUUCAUGCAGAUGAGGUCAGGCAGUCAGUGCUUGCUGGAUGUGACAUUUCAGCAGCUGCCUGUGCCUGAGGAAAGCUUAGUGACCACAGUGCCUGUCUGUCUCCUGUCUUCUCAUUCAGCACACUAACUACAUGGAUACUUAUCCACUAAGAAUGCUAUGGCUUUGCAGGUCAGAAAAAGCAGCGUCGUUAGUCUAGUUUGGGGGGGAGGGGUUAUGACUGACAAAAGAGUGGGUGUGGAUACCAGCACUUAUCAGGUUAGUUUUUUUUCAUGUCCAAUAAGAAAACAAAUUAUGGAGUAGAAAGAUCAACAGGUCGACAGGGCACUGCGUCAGUAUUCCAUGAACAGAUUAACAGUAACGAUAAACUGGUUUCUCCUAGAGCUCCUCACCUAUACCUAACAGUUAACUCAUUGUCGUUGCAACAUGAAGAGUUUGAUUCCCCAGUUUAUAGCUGAUGAAAAGCAGAAAGACAUUUUUAAGUUGUUUUUAAGUUGUUUUUUUUCCCUUGCAGGGUUUCCAUAGAUGUCAGACUGCACUUUAAGUGGUCAAUUAAAGUUCUGUGGCCCUUUAAUUUAUUUUCCCUUUUGAUUUAUUCUUCAUUUGUAAGAGAAAAAUCAAAGUUUAAAACAUCUCUGGCCCCCUCCCUUUAAAUUGUGGGAGUGCAAUAUGAUAAAUCAAGAUCUAUAAAGAAAAUUUGAGAUAAUUUAUGAGAAUGUAAACAUUUCUAAAUAAAGCUGCUAUAUGCUACGAUAGCCCGUAAGUGGCA